AUGAGCAGUGAAGGAAGAGGUGCAGGACGGGGCCCAAGAAGGGGCGCAGGAAGAGAAGCAAGAGGCAGAGGUCGCGCUCGAGCUAGAGCGAUAGAGGACCUUGGAAUGGGUGCCAGAGCGAUAGAAAACCCUAGAGUUGGUAUUGAAGCUGCAGUAAAUCCUGAAGUUGAUGUUAGGGCUGCAGCUGAUCCUCGAGUGGAUGGAGUGAUAAGGGCCCUCGAGGAGUUUAUGAAGUUGAAGCUCCCUAAGUUUGAUGGCAGAGGUGAUUUAGAGGCUGCGUCAUUAUGGAUAGAAGAAUUGGAGAAGGCUUUUGAAGUACUGGGAUGUAAUGAUGAGGAGAAAGUGACGUUGACAGCGUACCAAUUGCAAGGGAACACAAAUGAUUGGUGGGAGGCCACCAUGGGACGAGUAUUUCCCGCUGAUACUGCACAGAAUUGGGCAAUGUUUGUAGAGACUUUCAAUAGCAAAUAUUUCUCUGAGAGUGUCCAAGAACAAAAGUUGGCGGAGUUCAUGAGACUUCGUCAAGGGCAUAGAACAGUGGAACAGUAUGAGGUUGAUUUCACUCGGUUGGCUAAGUUUGCCCCGAGAAUGGUGGAAAAUCCACUAGAUAGGGCUCGGAGGUUCAGAGACAGUUUGAGAUAG